AUGCCUUCAAUUAAGUUGCAGAGUUCUGGUGGAGAGAUAUUUGAAGUUGAUGUGGAAAUUGUCAAGCAAUCUGUGACUAUCAAGACCAUGUUGGAAGAUUUGGGAAUGCAUGAUGAAGGAGAUGAUGACCCGGUUCCUCUACCGAAUGCUAAUGCAGCAAUAUUUAAAAAGGUCAUUCAGUGGCGCACCCACCACAAGGAUAACCCUCCUCCUCCCGAAGUUGAUGAGGACAAAGAAAAGCGAACAGACGGUAUCUCUGUUUGGGACCAAGAAUUCCUGAAAGUUGACCAAGGAACACUUUUUGAACUCAUUCUGGCUGCAAACUACUUAGACUUCAAAGGUUUGCUUGAUGUUACUUGCAAGAGUGUUGCCAAUAUGGUCAAGAGAAAAACUCCUGAAGAGAUUUGCAAGACCUUCAAUAUCAAAAAUGACUUUACUGAAGAGGGGGGAGCCCAGGUACGCAAAGAGAAUCAGUGA